AAGUGUUCUGGUUUGGGGGAGCCCAUGUGUUUGUCAUUCCCCAGAGGCUGCCUUUGUCAGAUGCUGCCUCCUCCUCCCCCUCUUCUCUUGUUGGAGGGGGUGGGAGGCAAGCCGGCAGGGGAGGGGCUGCUGCAGACUUCGGAGCAUCCAGCUCUUUGCAGCAGCAGCAGGAGGAAGGAGGAGGAGGAGGAGAGGCUGGCGAAGGUCAGCGGCUAAGCCGCCUUGCUUGGUCGUGGGCGGGGAAGAAGAAGAAGCAGCAGCAGGAGGAGGAGGAGGAGGAGGAGGAGAGGCCAGCCUUGCUGCCGGUCUGGGGAUCUGCCGGGAAGGAAAGGCAAGAAGAGCCAUGGCUUCCGAGUGAGGCGAGCACCUUCCUGGACCUGAAAGAGGACCUGCAACGCCUCCAAUCCCCAGCCAUGGCAGAAGCAGUUUCAUCAACUGCCUAUGCAUCUCCAGCAAGAAGCCUAGGAGACCCAGGAAUAACACCACUGUCUCCAUCCCACAUUGCGAAGGACUCUGAAGCAAAUGACACAGAGGAGCAGUCAUUUCUUGUUGUUGUGGCUGUUGAUUUUGGCACAACUUCUAGUGGCUACGCCUACAGUUUUACCAAGGAACCAGAAUGCAUCCAUGUGAUGAGGCGAUGGGAAGGAGGGGACCCCGGUGUGUCCAACCAGAAAACACCAACAACUAUCCUCUUAACACCAGAAAAAAAAUUCCAUAGUUUUGGUUAUGCAGCCAGAGAUUUCUACCAUGACUUAGAUCCCAACGAGUCAAAGCACUGGUUGUAUUUUGAAAAAUUUAAGAUGAAGCUUCACACAACUAGUAAUCUGUCCCUGGAAACAGACUUGACAGCUGCAAAUGGAAAGAAAGUCAAGGCACUUGAUAUAUUUGCUUACGCUCUGCAAUACUUCAAGGAACAAGCGUUGAAGGAGCUGAGCGAUCAGGGAGGAGAAACAAUUGAUAACUCUGAGAUACGAUGGGUCAUCACGGUGCCAGCUAUCUGGAAGCAACCUGCAAAGCAGUUUAUGAGGCAUGCUGCAUAUAAGGCUGGGAUGGCUUCCCCCGAGAAUUCUGAACAAUUAAUUAUUGCUUUAGAACCAGAAGCGGCUUCAAUCUACUGCAGGAAACUACGCCUUCAUCAGAUGAUAGACUUGGGCAGCAGAGGACCCGUCAAUGGUUAUAACCCAAGUGAGACCAUUGGCACUGGCUUUACACCAGCUAAAGAACACAUUCGACGUAACCGGCAGAGCCGCACUUUUUUGGUUGAAAAUGUCAUAGGAGAGAUCUGGUCAGAGUUGGAAGAAGGAGACCGUUACAUAGUUGUUGACAGUGGAGGAGGAACAGUUGAUGUGACUGUCCAUCAGAUCAGAUUACCUGAAGGACACCUGAAGGAACUCUACAAGGCAACAGGUGGGCCACAUGGUUCCUUAGGAGUAGAUUAUGAAUUUGAAAAACUCCUGUGUAAAAUAUUUGGAGAAGAUUUCAUUGAGCAAUUUAAAAUUAAGCGACCUGCUGCCUGGGUUGAUCUGAUGAUAGCCUUUGAAUCCCGCAAGAGAGCAGCUGCCCCAGACCGGACAAACCCAUUGAACAUCACUCUGCCUUUCUCAUUCAUUGACUACUACAAGAAAUUUCGAGGUCACAGUGUGGAACAUGCCUUAAGGAAAAGCAAUGUGGAUUUUGUGAAGUGGUCAUCACAAGGAAUGCUGAGGAUGAGCCCAGAUGCCAUGAAUGCACUCUUCAAGCCCACUAUUGAUGAAAUCAUAAAUCAUCUCAGUGAUCUAUUUGAAAAGCCUGAAGUAACUAAUGUGAAAUUCCUGUUCCUGGUGGGUGGAUUUGCUGAAGCUCCACUUCUUCAACAAGCUGUCCAGAAUGUCUUUGGUUCCAAGUGUCGAAUCAUCAUUCCGCAAGACGUGGGCCUCACUAUCCUGAAAGGAGCAGUGCUUUUUGGACUGGAUCCUGCAGUCAUCAAAGUGCGCCGUUCCCCCCUGACCUAUGGGGUGGGGGUCCUGAAUCGUUAUGUGGAAGGGAAGCACCCUCCAGAAAAGCUGCUAGUUAAAGACGGCACUCGCUGGUGCACUGAUGUCUUUGACAAAUUUAUCUCUGCUGACCAAUCAGUGGCUCUUGGUGAGGCUGUGUCACGCAGUUAUACUCCCGCUAAGCCUUCGCAGCUGGUCAUCGUGAUCAACAUCUACAGCUCAGAACAUGAUAAUGUCAGUUUCAUCACUGAGCCAGGAGUGAAAAAGUGUGGCACGCUCCGCCUGGAUCUCACAGGGACUGAUAUCAGUGUGCCAAGCCGGAGAGAAAUCAAAACACUCAUGCAGUUUGGGGACACUGAAAUUAAAGCCAUGGCAAUUGAUGUUGCCACCUCGAAAAGUGUCAAAGCUGGUAUUGAUUUCCUAAACUACUAAUUGGCAUUCCUCCCUUCCUCACCUCUUGUCAUUUCAGUGCUGUUUCCUCAUUUUUCAUGUGUCGCCAAGUGGACUAGAGUUUUAGCUGGAUGGGUAAGGAUAGCCGUUGGGAGAAAGUGUCAUACAUUUUUGUUGUUGUUGUUGUUGUUGAAAUUAUCUAUUUAAGAUUCUGAAAAUAUAUGCUUAUAAGGUGCUAAAUGUGGAAACUGAUAACCCCCAAAGGCUAAUUACCUAAUGAGAAUUGGUCAUGUAAUGUCACUGCUUUUUUGAUUAGGAAAAUAAAAUGCCCUACUCAAUGUAUUUCAUAUAUUCUGGAUUUAGGGCCCCAAUUAGCAAAAGUUGGUGUCUCCGGUCUUAUAUGUACAAUUCAAGCUAAAUUGGCUAAAUCAAAGUGGCCGAUGGGCUUAUCAAUAAAAUAUGCUAAGGCUAAAUCAAAUAAAUAAUCCUAAAUAGAGUAGAUCCUUUUUUUAUUGGUGCAUCACUUCAGCAGCCCUAGCAGGUUAAGAGGCAAGGAACACAUAUUUUUUUAAAAGAAUUAAAAACAAAUUGAAUUGUGUAAGCUUGAGGUUUGGCUUAUACUGGCCAGAAACACCAAACUGGGACAAAAGUAAUUCCUAAAAGACCCACACAACAUCCAGGGAAUUCCAGUCUAUAAUGCAGGGCCACAAUGGUUAAUCUAGCUAUACCCUGCAUUAGUAGAAGUCUGGGAAUCAACUGGAGUUUCCGCAAAACAAUGGAGCAGCUCCAUAUUUCAGGAUUGGUGGGGUCAGCUGAACUGGUUCUAAUCCAAAUUGGUCUACUAUCCAGACAGGCGAUUGCCACCAUCCCUUUUCCCUGUUGUCUGUGAUGCAGGAAAAUGAGAUGAAAUAUAUCUUUGCUGUUCUUUGUCACAAUGGUAGCCAGCCAUCCACAGAGCUCCAGGCUGUUGCCAGGUACCUUUGCUGAUGUCAGCAAAUGGUCUGCAAUGGCCUGGAGCUCUGGAUCCUGACAUCAGCAAAGGUGCACUGAAGCUUUAUGGCUGGCUACUGCAGUAACAAAAACAGCAAAAGAUGACCACCCAGUAGGGCCAAACCAGUUUCAGUCUGAUUGGUCUGGACUCCACUCCCACAGUUUAGUGGCAGAGCAUGUAAACAACUCCACAAAAUCGGAGUCUGGUCUGAAGCUGCAAUGCUUCAGACCAGCCUCGGGUUUUGUGGCUCAUGUAGAGCCAACACUUGUAUAACUGCCAUUGAUUAAUUAGAUUCCCUCCAGAUUUAGGCCACUGAAAUAGCUUAAAAGAGCAUAAUGCCAUUAGUGCAACACUGCAGUGCUGUUUUUUAAAUUUGUAUUUUAUUUACUGCUGCUGCUGUUGCUACAAGUGGCAAAUUAUAAGCAUUUGAUGAUUUUUAAACCUCACCUCCCUUAUUUGUAUAUUUAAAUUCAACCUAGAUUUUAAAACGGAAUAUUUCAUUGUUCAUGGUAAUACUGAAAUGGAAGUUACAGUCCAGUUUUAGACUUUGCCCUUCUGGUUAACAAAGAACACUUGCUUACUGAAUAUAAGCAUAAAAGAAACAAUUACUCUAACAAAAUUCCAAACCAUAAAAUAUAUUUGCUCAGGAUUCUACCUGUUUAAGGUCAGUUUAAAUAAUGAAGCUACCAUUACAUUUCCAGAACAUUUCAUAAAGAAUAGCCUUUAUUUAAUUUUGUAGAUCCCAUACACAUGUAUCAUAGUAGUCAACAUCAGAGGAAAGGCAUCUCCCCACCUCCAAUAUGGGAGAAAAGAGGCACUGCUUCUGAACAUGGUGUUUGCCAGUCACUGCUAAUUAAAUAUGCGGUCUGAUUGAGCACAGAUUAAUUAGGUGCUGCAGCCCUUGUAUUUGCAUUUGCUCCUGUUUUAUUUAUCAUUGGAAAGAGGCAAUUUUGCAAAAGUCCCAGUAGUGUUUAUUGUUUACAUUUGAACCUCCUGCAACAUGUAGAGUUUGUUUAUUAUUACCUGUUUCCAAAUAGCUCAUAAAUAAUAUCCAGUCCUUUUGCAGCACAAAACAAACCAGUAUAGUAGUAGAAAUCAGCCAGAGUCGGAGAAAUCAGAUAUCUAUGAAGAGUGGGAUAGAAAUACUCUAAAUAAGUAUAUCAGUUUCUGUUCUCAGGUUGGUGAAAGAAAAGGGACAUUUUCAUUGCUUUCCCUACAUAUGCCAUGUUUAGGGGAAAUAUUACUGUAUUGAAAUUUAUUGUAAGAAAAGUAACAUAUUUCAUUGGAUUGACUUAGUUGAUUUCUUGAGGGGGUAAUACAAAAUCUCACAUUAUUUAGAAUUUUUUAACAGGUGCAUGUGCAAAUACACAGUGGUUAUUAAAUCCACAACAAUAUAUCAAACCAAUUGCUUGUCUUGAAUUUACAUUAAUAGCAUUGUCCUUCCCUUUGUUUGUCCCUUUGAUGUAACUGCAUAUCCAGUGUUGCAGACAUGAGUAUUCUUCUGAUGAGAUGUGCCGUUUCUAGCUUUCUCCUCUUGUGUGCCUUCUCAUCUCUAUGACAAGCUAUGUCACUGAGAAGUUCAAACUGGAUGUCUAUAUACAUUGCCAACUGACAAGGAAAGAACAGCAGACCAACAUUAAGCCAUGUUGUGUCUCACCAGAAGAGGGAGCAAAGACAUCAGCUCUGGGUACUAUUUGAAAGGCUUCCAAGAGGCCAGACAGGCAAUUCCAAACAUCAAGAGAAUAAGAAACCUGUGUUUGAGUGCUGCCAGCUUCAGAAUGAUCAAAUCUGAUCUCUUCAGGGUUGAAUUAGAAUAGCUAGGCACCCAAUGACACAAGCACAUAUGUAGACAAGUGUGUGCAUAUGUAUAUGCAAGCAAUUUCAACUAUAUCAGGAUGAAGCUCCUGGUUUCCCUGGAGUGACAUAUUAUCUACCACAAUUCACUUAUAUGAUGCACCCCAGACAAAUUCACCAAAUGUAAUUGGGAUAGCUUGAUAGCAACUCAGUUCUUCUCUUGGUUGGAAGGUCAUUCUGGAUUCAUAAUAGAUAGUCCAAUACUGUGUCAUUUGAAGCUAUAUAAGGCUGCAGGUGCAUUGCGAAUGUCAGGAACAUUAUAUUUGAAGCCAGAAACACAUACACACACUAGACCAGAAAUAUCUGCUGUUACUGGCUGGAAAAAGCUAACACUUUUCAAAAUAGUUGGAGAAAACCCAUUGUCACCCAUUAAAAUUCAUUGUUCUUUCAAGAACCCAGAAGAGUAAUUGUUUAGUUGAAUGCUUUUCCUAUUAGCUAUGUAUGAGUGAAAAGCCAUAGACUCCCUUUAUUUUUUAAAAAAAGUAAAAUCUCAAUCCUCUAUCACAUAAAUAUUUUAAGCAUCUGGUACACAUUGUGUAAACAUUUUCCAUUCUCAAUAGAGAAUUUCAGAAGGUAGGUCCUUUGCAUUAUAUCCAUUAUAUCGUUCCCUGAUAGAAUGUGAAAAUGCUUUGCUGGAUUAACUUUCAGAAGGAAGGACUGGAUCAUUAGAAAGACAGUAUCUCACUUGCUGUUGCUUGAAUAAUUAUUCUACUGGAAUAAUUAAAAAGUGCAUGCUGGCUCUCUCUUCUUCUUUGAUCCUGCCCAUUGCGUCCUUCCAGGCAAAUACUUAAUUUGGUUUUCUAGCUCAGUUAGUAUGUGGCCUUCCAUAGUUUACAAAUCAGCCACUCUGUAGGAUGGGCUAUGAACAAACUCAUUUGAUGUAUAUAUAUAAUAUUUAAAUAAUGUACAGAUGCUUUGUUUCAGAAGUGCUAUUUUCUUGUACAGAAUGGUCUUUAUGUCUGUUGAUUUGCAUUCAGUGGUUAAUUUUAAAUAACAUAGUUUCUCCGUCCGCUUCAUUAAUUAUAGGCUUUUGAAGUUGGCAAGAUAUGUAAUGCACAAAGCUGAUCUUAUUAUAAUAAGGGGAGGGGAGUGUCAGAAUGCCAGACAAUACCACAUUCUUCUUCUUGCUAUGCAAAUAAUAGCAUGCAGACACACUGCUGGGGCUUAAUUCUUUUCUUUCUCUCUCUCUUUUACUGUUAAUUCACAAUACUAUUUGAAGGAAUGCUUUGGAGUAGGUCACUCUGCAGAUUGUCCCCCAUUCUGUUUGGAAACUAGGUGCUCAUUUCCACAUUUUUUACACCAAAUGAACUCCAGUUUCAAGGCACAUGUUUUAUUUCUCAUUCAGUCAGGUCUUCACUUUUAUGGAUCUGAUUAUUCAUGGAUUUGACUAAUAUGCUUUCUCUAGAAAUCCCUAGGUCCUUAAGCAUUACUCUGUGGUCAACAUCCAUCACAGAGUUGAUUGAAAGACCUAGAGAAAACAUUCCUCUAGCCAUGUGUAGGCCUCCAAUUUGAUUCCAUCUGGAAGAAGCUGAUCAUAGAAUUGCAUUGGAGGACCUAAAUAUUUCUAAAGAGGUGUUAUCUCAGUUAAUAGUAUUUUUUUUAUUUGCCAUUUUCCCACCUUUGCAGUAGUCCUGCACUCCAAACCCCAUGAAAGUAGAGGCUGACAUUAUAUCUCUUUAUCACUUCACAAGACUAUAUGGCAACAGCCACACAUAGGUCACUCACCAGAAACUGCCUACAAACAUGUUGCCUUUUGUUGUCUAAUCAUUAAUACAUAAAUAGGGACUGUCACUAUGUGUGUUUAGUGAGUGGCAGCACAUACAUGCGUAUAUUCCCUAAAACUACAAAUCUCACGACAACCUAAAAAGACAUCAACACAAAUGUCUUGGUGUGAAAUCACAUGACAGUGAAGAUUUCAAUAAGAAACUUUUAGACUGGCAUAUGCCAUAGAAUCUUUUUUCCAAAUCUUAUGAUUGCUGCUACUCAGAAAUCAUAGGGGCAUAUUGUAAAUUUGGAUUGCAAUAGGUGUUUGAUUCCUGACUAACCCAGGAAUCAUACAUUAUACAAGUGUAUCUCAGCAUGCAGCAUACUUUGGACAGGAGGUCCUUCACAGUUUAUGUAGGGCCAAAUUAUAAUAAAAUGCUAUACAUAUCUAUACAAAUGCUGCUGAGUUUUGUAGGGCUUACUCCCGGGUAAGUAAACAUUGGACUUGUAGCCUUGAUUGGUUUUGCAAUCCUAGUGGGUCUGUAAAGCGACCAUUUUCCAGAUGAUUAAGAAUAGGUUUCCUAUUGUCGGAAUUCCUAAGCAAUUACAACCCGUGGUGGAAAAGUCCCUUCUUCUUAAAAAUCUUACACACAAACCUGACCACCACAAAGCCAAUGCAGCAAUUUAUUUUUAUUAGGGAGCUUUUCCCAUUCUCCAGUUCUAGUUCAACAUUCAAGCCAUCAUAUCACACUGACUCUUUAUGGAUGGUGAUGUCCACUUCCAUUUCUGGUGGAAACAGCAGAUUCCAGCAGAAUAAUAUGAUUAGAUCUUGGCCUUUAUUUAUUAUCUUUUAGAGUGGGACAGACAUUUCUUACCUUUUAGAGUGGGCAAUUAACUGCCAUCAUUUCUUUGCUUGCCCAUUCCCUCCUUGGGCAAAACAGACUACUGUCCCCCUGGGAACCAAUGAAUUGUGCUGUUAUAUGAUCUUUCUUAACUGUUUUUCACUUUCUGGUGAGAAGCAGCCGUGAGAACAUACAGGAGGAUUCCAAAUGGUGGAAAGCAACAAUAUUUGGAAAUCCUCCCAACAACGUCCUGCAUGAGAGGCAUGGCAAAUAUACAUUUGGAAACACUCUUUCACUUCAUAUCUAGAAUAAGCUGCCUCAGCUAGUUCUACUCCCAUUAUCCCAAAGGUUGAUUGGAAUCACCAAUUUUCCAUUUAGGUCAUAUGUGCAAACCCUUAGCAUUAAAAAAGACUUUGUUGACAAAAGCAUAUAUAAUACGUUUAAUAUGGGAUGUGGGAUAUUUCUCACAUAAAAGUUAUGUGUUUUUUCACAUGAGAGUGUUUAUACUCUCACUGAUACUAAUCCAUUCCUUUAGUAUAUAUAUAUGGGAUGUUUCCUCCCAGUCAUUUGAAGCAUGAUCCCACUAUUUAGUACGAAAGAACACUAUAAAGUAAAUAUUACACCCUUUAAUAUGUAUCUUCUCUAAGCAAACAUAUAUGUAAGCAUUUUAUAUAGAAUCUCAAGGGGGUUGGGAUGGAUGGCCGUUGUGGUCUCUUCCAACUCUAUGGUUCUAUGAUCCUAUAUUCCAGUGGUUCUCACCCUGUGGGUCCCCAGGUGUUUUGGCCCACAAUUCCCAGAAAUCCAAACCAGUUUACCAGCUGUUAGGAUUUUUGGGAGUUGAAGGCCAAAAUAUCUGGAGACCCACAGGUUGAGGACCACUGAAAUAUUCAUAAAUCCUGUAUUCUUUGAAUGGCUAAUAAAAAUAGGCAUAAUUCCAGGCUGGAAACACAGUUUUUCAGUACUGGAUUAAAUGGUCUAAAUUAUUUUAAAACCAUUGAGUUAAAGUUUAUUUCCUAUCACAAAAAGAAAAUCUUUAAUUAAUGCUAAGGUUUAGAUUCCAUUUUGAUAGGAAUAUAAUGAUAUUAAGUUUGCUAAAAUGAGUGUUUUGCCCAACAGUGCAGUAAUGUAUAUGGGAAAGAUAAAACUUCCUUCUGGAGGGAGGCAUGUGAGUUUUUGAUCUGAUGCAUUCUUCUCUGUGUAAUUCAUUUGUGGUGCCUGUAGCCAAUGAAGGGAGAUGACUCCUGGAUUGCUGCAGCUCUUCAUAAAUACACAAUGCAGCUUACAAACAUUUCAGCCUAUACUCUUGCCAAAGGAAUCCCACUGGACAAGUAUAUGAAACCAGGGAAAUUGCAAAUAUGUUUGCUCAAGUACUGUGGGCCAUACCUGCUGAACACAGGCUGAUUCGUUGUUUUGUGUAGUAUGUAUUUAAAUAUAACCCAACUUCAGUAAUUAUUUUUAAUACUGCUGUACUGUGUUUGCUAUUAUUGUGAGAUGCAUUUUUUUAAACCCCUUCAGCCCUAAAAUCGAGUAUAUUUUCGCUGGAUGUGCUUUCCACUAUCCUCAGCCCUCCUCACAAAUCAUAGCAGAUCUAGAUUAUGUGUCUAAUGGAACUUUUUUAGAAAUAGGAUGUGAUGCUGUGGCUACAUGCUUUUGUAUGGAGCCCUAUGUUAUAUUGAAAAAUAAGUGGCUGACGAAUGCUCACUUAUAUAUAGAAUUUACUCCUGUGUUAUUUAAACUGGUAGAAAUAAUUCAGACCAGGAAACAGGGGUUGUCAUGGAGUAGAAGUUUAGGUUUUAUGCUCUGCAGGUUUCAGUCAAGAGAAUCUUAAGGGAAGGGUUUUUUCCAAUGCCUUGUUAAACAAAUACAAACUUAAGACUGUUUCAGAAAAAUUCCCUUUGGUUUCAGUGAAGUCUUCUGCCUGCGUAAAGCCAUGAAAGAAAGCAAAACGACUUAACGUACAGUUAAGAAUCAAAGCAAGAAUUUGGUUGAAUACAGUGAUGUGAAAAGACAUCUCAGCUAAUGCUUUGCACAGCACUUUCAAAGAGGCAUUUGAACAUAAACCCGCAGUGAUGUAUUUGCUAUAGUAAUAUAGUGCUAUAUUUACACACAAAAACACCCCCACAUGCAUUGUGCACAGUUUGUUGGGCAUAAUGCUACACUAUUCCUAUCUGCUCGGGCAAUUCUUCAGAUAUAUUGUUUAAAAACAAAACAAAAACUGUCAUUAUGAUCUCAUUCUCUCUCUGUAAAGGAGUACAAACUUCACUGAAUUCUGGGGCUGAUCACAGCUUGUCACAUUUGCAUCCUCUGAAUACACUGUGCUUUUUCCAAAGUGUCAAAUAAAACACAGUAAACCGCA